AUGGCACCUUACACCGCCCUGGAAGGGAGCAACGCGCACGGAAAGGUGGUUCCGGAGCUUCCGGGCCCCUGCCACAUCAGCCAGUUCAAGUCACUGUCCCCACAGGAGCUGCAGGCCUUCAAGAGGGCAAAGGACAGCUUAGAAGAGUCGCUCUUGCAGAAGGACUAUGGGUGCCACUCCCGCCUCUUCCCCAGGCCCUGGGACCUGAGGCAGCUGCAGGUGCAGGAUCGUGCUGUGGCCCUGGAGGCUGAGCUGGCCCUGACUCUGCGGGUCCUGGGUGCCGUGGCUGACUCGUCCCCUAGGGACACCCUGGACCAGCCCCUGCACGUGCUACGCCACAUCCACUCCCGGCUCCAGGCCUGCGUCCCGGCCCAGCCCACGGCAGGCCCCAGGCCCCGGGGCCGUCUCCCCCCCUGCUCCACCUAUGUUGGACAUGGCCCUGGCCAUGAGGACAACUGGAGUCAGAGAAUCCAUGCUGAGUAG